AUAUGCAUGGUGCCCUAGUAUCGAAUCAGUGUUUCUGGACCUUGCCCCUGUUGCUACCCCCUGAAACCCUCCUACCUAUAACAGCGGCACCCUCCAAGCAGGGGACCACACACAGGUGUCAGAAUUGACGGGAGGGGCCCGUGCAGGCCCAUGGGAAGAAUCCUCCCGGGUGAUCUGCACCAGGCCGUGAACAGUCCCAGGGGCUGCAGCCACUGUGGGAACACAAAGGGGCUCACAGCCUUUGAAUGACAGUUAGGGACCUUGGGCACCACCUUUUGUUCCCAGUCUAAAUUCUCCUUUUAAGUGAAUUACAGUGAUUCUUAAAGCCCUUCCAACACAACUGAACAUUGAAGGUGUUCCUCUUGCUUUUUCUGAAAAAGAAAUCACAUGAUUUUUUUCCAUUAAACAAAAAGACACUUUUUUUUUUAAUGUUUGUUACAGAUAAUGUACUUGAAUGGAAAACCAGAGUGCUUAAAAACCCGCUGUACCUUUUUUCUCGGAGUGGCCCAUUCUAUCUCGGGGUUGAUACAUUUUUCCUGAUCAGCGGUUGGUUAAGUGCAAGGUCGUUUUUAAAGAUGCAUCAGGAUUCAGACAAAGGAAUAACCCCCAAGGUCAUACUCAGAUACUUUUUUAGUCGCCUGAUAAGGCUGCAGCCUCUGCACAUGUACUCGGUGUGCCUGCUGGUGGGCCUGUUCUCUCUCGUCCCCUGGGGACCUGUCUGGGAAGUGCCCAAAUUCCACUGGGAUAACUGCCGGCGAGCUUGGUGGACAAAUCUGCUGUUGCUAAAUAACUUCGUGUCGGUUCGGAAUUCGUGCAACGGCUGGACGUGGUACCUUGCCAACGACUUCCAGUUCCAUCUCACAACACCGGUGAUCAUCUUCGUCCAUGGAAAGUGAGUCUAACUGGGACAAGUUCCUCUCCUCAUGUGGCCUCUUUCACAGAACUCUUAGAAAGGGCUCCACUGCGGUGUAGAACAGGUUUUUAAAAUUUUAUGAAAUUAACUUUUCAGAAAAGGAAACACCAAAUGCUCUACUGUUCACCUUCUUCCAAAUUAUCCUCCAACAUUCGUCAUACGUACGUCAGGAUGUGUUUUGCAGAAUUAUCAUCAGUGUGUACAUGUAAUAACUAAUACCCAGCUGCUUCUACUUAUUUUUAUAAACAUUUCCACGUAUUGACAUGACCUACAUACCUGUCAGUUUUAGGAUUUAUAUACUAUUUUUAUGGUUGGGCAUCUAGAUUGUAUCCAAUUUUUCAUGAUUAUAAAUGACUUUGCAGUGAAUGUCUUCGAACACGCUACUUUUUCUCAGUUAUUUUCUUGGGGGCAGAUUUCUGAGUGGAAUUCCUAGGUCAAAGGGUAGGAACGAUUUUGUGGUGCUAGUAACACAGUGUGAGAUUGCUCUGUGGAAAGAACAAUGUGAUUUAUAGCGCCCUCAGCAAUAUAUCAGUGUACCUGCUUUUCUACCUGGGAUAUUUACCACCUUAAUUUCUGUUAGUUUUCGAAACACUUUAAGGCUUCAAUAGUUCCUGGAAAGACUUAUAGUUUGUAGAUUAUUCAUGCCAUAUUUUAAGAGAUUUAUUAUUCUUUUCUGCUAAAAUAAUAUGUUCAAUUUAAGAAAUAUUGGAAAACAUUAGGUUUAAGGGAAGGGAAAACAAUCACCCUAGUCCCAUGUUGUCACUCAGGGCGGGGUGAAUUCAUUGCUAAUAUUUUGGUGCUUAUCCUUCUGAUAUUUUUUCUGUCCAGCUUUUAAUACAUGAAAGCAUUCUGCAAAUGUACUUUGUAUUUUAAUAGUUUUAUGACACAUGCAUUUCUCUAUAUUAUUUUAUUUUUAAGGUAAACAUAAGUCUGAUGUGUGUAUAUAACAUUCCAUUCCAUGAAUGAACUGUAAUUUACUUACAGUAUUUUUGUUAAAUACUUGGAUUAUUUCCAAUUUUGAGCUUUUGUAACUAAUGGUCUGACAAAUAUUUUCAUAGUAACCGUUUGUCUCCGACUUCAAUAUUUCUUUAGAGUACAUAUCCUUGAGCGAAAUUACUAGGUCAAAGGGCAUGAAUGUCUUUUGGGCUCUUGAAUCAUAAUGAUAAAUUACUUUCCUUAAAGAGUAUAUCAAUAUUCAGUCCUCUAGCCAUCUAAUUUAACUGCUGCCAGUAGAGAAUAUUAAUAAUAAAACAAAAUAAAAUGCAAACUUUGUUAUUUGGAUAUAUAAUUUUUUUUCAUUUUUCACAUCUCACUUUUAAGUCCUUGAUUACUGGGGCCAGAGCUGCGUUCCAAAUACAUGUUGACCAGCUUUGUCUCUUUUCAUGGCUACUUGUUCAUGCCCUCUGCAGGGCAGACAGUUAAAUCUCAGUCUGACCCAUUGAUGUUGUUCAUUCCAGCCUCAUGCAAACAUUCAAGUGUCUGGAGCAAAGGAAAAACAUCCUAAUUUUAAUGUAAUCCAAGAAUUGCACAUUUUUAAAAAGGCAAAUCUGCUUUUUUAUAUCUGUAUCUCAAACACACAAAGCUUUCUCAAUUCAAAUGUAAAAUAUUUUUGGAUUAUUAAAAGAAAAUGGUUCCACGACUUCGCUUCCGCUAAGCACAGAGGUGGCUUCCUGGUAUAGUGAAGUCUGAAUCAGAAGACCUGGGUUCAAAUCAUGACUGGUAAAUUACUAGCUAGGCGCCCCAGGGUGAGUUGCGGGACUCUCCUCCUCAUUUUCCAUGUGGAUAAAACGGGGAUAAUGACACUUCGCAUCAGCUUGGAGGAUAAAUGGGAUCCUACUACUGAGCUAGCACAGUGCUCGCUUCUCAGUGAUGAGUAACCCACAUGCCAACUCAGUUUCCUGUCCUUUUCCAUUCCAACAUAGUAGCCCUGGUCCUUGCCACUGUCCACAAGCAGUGAGGGCCUCUUGCCCCUCCAGCCUCUGCAGGGAUCGGGGACGGGUGGCUGGGUAAGCCCCUCCCUCCCCUGCCACGAGCUUCUGCUCAGUC